UUAGGCAAAAAUCGACCGCCAAUUUCAAUAUUCGCCACUACUCUUCCCAGUUUAAAUUCCCCCUAUUCUGGAAAGCUAAAUCGCCCCAAUUCCGUGAGGUGAAAGGCUUUAAGUUGGACUAGAUGUGUAUAGAAUAAAAGAGCAAUCAAGAAAGCUACCAAAAAGGUUUAUGCUAGUUUUUUUUUCUAAAAACGCACAAAAUUUUCCGACUUGGAAUUUAAUGGUACAUUUUAGAUAAACUAUUCCAGUCCAUUGGCCAUUUUGUGAGAAGUGGGUAAAAAUAAAAAAUUUGUAGCAACCCCUUAUGGGAAAUUGUUAUUAGACGAAAACUUAGGGUGUGCAAAAUUGUGAUCAGUCUGUUACCAAACAUGAGACUUGAGGAAGGAACGUUAUUGGAAAAAUUGGGGGCUUAUAUUAAACGGUUGUGGAUGACGAGAAAUUUUGCCCUUAAAUAAUGAAACUAUAUGCAAAUUCGAAGCCUUUCUCUCAAGUUAUUAACCCCUUUCAAUUCGAUCAAGUUUUUUCAAUUCAUGCCGACAAUUGAAACUUAAGGUGCGUUUGAUCGCAUGGGAAAUCCGGAUUUGAGUUUAAAGUCCGGGAUUUUAGAUUUGGCAAUCGAACGCGAAAUGCACAACUGACUUCACCCUCACCUCCCCCCCCCCCCCACGCUCUCCCGAGAAAUCCUUCCCCAAAUCAUGACCUUAUGGGUUUCCUUUAUACCGUUCUAGUCGGACAAGCGAAAAGAAGACUGUAAAACUGUUCUCGUGAACAGUGUCUUUUUUCUGUUUGUUAUGCAUGCGGGUACGAGACAACUGUUCUGUUAAAAACAGUUCCAAAUCUUCUCUCGUAUCCCCGCACCCCCGCCCCUGCCUGAAAAAAGAGAAAGAAAGGAAAACCAAGGGGCUUAUCUGCGUGGAAGACAACUGUUCGAUGUUCAAAAAAAAACAUUUCCAAAUCAAAUUCUCUCGGUAAUCUGUCCCGCAGUGGUGAGUUGCCAUGGCCGGUUGCUUCUGAAAAAAAUUUUUAUGUUAAAUUUUUCUUAGAAAGGAAAACCCCCAAUUUUGUAGUUGACAGGUUUAUCUGCGUUGAAAUUUCCGGUUUUCGAUUUCGCGUCGUUCCAUCGACAAAAAUUUCGUGAAAAACCUCAAGUCCGAAUUUCCCAAUCAAAUACGACCUCGAGCGCUAAUCUGAUUUUGGAGAGAAUUUACGCUUUGGUGAUUUGACCAUGGCAAGGUUUCCUGCGACGUUGAAUGCUGACUUCUUUAUGCUUCUAUGUAUCUGAUUUUUUUGUUAAAAUACGGUUUUGACAUAAACAAAACCCAAAAUAAUUACCCCAUAAAACCCCUUAUUUAUUUCAAUUUAACCAGCGCUAGUUGAAUCAAUUUCAGGCACAUUUGAUGAUUCUGAAACACAGACUGAUAGCCACAACACAAUGAUCUGAAAUAUUAUAAACCUGGGCCAGACCCAGCAUGAAAUAAAUAGUUACAGCACUAUAAAUAGAUCAUAGUCAAAAUGACAUUUCAGCUGCGACGCUUCUACACAUCUCAUAAAAAACUAUGGAAAUGAGAACCUUGAAAAGAACAUGUAUUUAAAGAAAUAUACCGGAACAAAUAUAAAAUGCUUUCGAUCUGAUCAAAGUUCUAUCUGAACCAAGAAGCAACCACGCAUGGGAAAUCAAUUACCACAUGUCCUACCUUUCAAAGAUAAAGGAUAUCUACUAAAAAUAUCUAAAACGGCACACGACAAACUAUCGAAGAGUUCUCCAAGGUAUACUUUCCUGCCAGGAACCAGAAAGGAACAGAAGCAACAAAUGGCAUGAUGCGUCUACUGUCAUUAGGACAGUUAUCGUUUCAAAUAUGAUCAAAACAACUAAGUCUGAUAAAUCAUUGACUCCGUAGGCAAAUAGAUGAAAAAUGUCCUCUAAUCUUUUCUUCGAUAUGAAUCCUCUUGAUACUUAUUUCAUCUUUCAGUCCCACAAUCCUGCCAAAUUAACUUUCGUAAACGCGUCGUUCUGAUAAGGACGGCUAUACACAAGCCACGUCGUCCUUUCAAUUUCGACUUGAAAACAUAUCCAUCGCGCACGAUCCUGCGAGGAGAAAGUCUUUUUCCUUGAUUUUAAGAGCUAAACGUGAAUAAAAGGUUUUACGAAAACGUUUUUGGCUAUGAAAGCGACGUGAAACUUGUCGACUACUAACAUGUCUGAACACAGACUAAACGUCCAGGGCAUAAACGAAUAAGGGUGCUACCUAGUUACAUUUUUUGGGUUCUUGGCAAUGAACCGCUCGUGGCAAACAGGAAAAAUUUUUUUUAUCCCGCUAAACGCUGAGGAAAACUUGUUUGAGCUCAGACUAAACGUCAGGGCAUAAACGAAUAAGAAGCAAUAUUGAUAAAAACGUUUCCUCAAUAAAUUUUAAUGAUAUCAAGUUUCCUCAAUAAAUUUUGAUAUCAGUCGUUUGUACCAACAGGAGAAAACGUUUAAGUCAAGGAAAUUCUUAUAACUAACUUUUACUCGCUGAUUUGUAGACGAGUGUAAAGCAGGACUACAUAACUGCCACGAUAAUGCAUACUGCACCAACACCAAGCGUUCCUUCACGUGUACUUGCAAAACAGGAUAUACUGGGGAUGGUGUCAACUGUGCAGGUAACAUAAUAUGGAGCUGAAACGAGUGAUCUGGCUUUCAUAUUCGAUUUCAGUGUGAGGUUGGGGCCAACAUGUUUGCCGCUUUUCUCCAGCCAUCGCCUACUCUUCGAGCUUCUGAUGCUUCGGAAACCUACAAAAUCAUCCUGUUUCCUUGAAGAUAUACGCGUCCCUUUUGAUUGCAAACAGCAAAUCGCUACUAAACAUUAAAAGCAGAAGACAUCCCACGUAAUUGUAUUUAAAAAGAAGUCCGCACAAAGUUACUUUAGGUGUAAUCCGUGCUAAACACUCUGCAAGUUCACUGAAAGUCUUCAUUUGCAAUUUUUGUUUAUCCUCCAACGCCUCGCUUUCAUGACUAGGCACCAGUUUUUUCCCGCGUGUCCGCCAUUUGUGAAGACGGUGAUGUCGCGAACCUAUUUAUAUGCGGGUUGGUUAGGUUUUGAAAUCGCGUUUUUCGACAGCAAAAAUUUAACCGAUUUGAUGAUUUUUGGCAUCCUUAAUACAAAGAAUGGUCGAACUUUCAGAAACCGUUAUCUAUUUUCUUGUUAGGUAUUAAAACCUUUGAGAUAUCGGCACAUGUUUAAAACCGUAUUUUUACAAAAACUGUCAAUAACUUCGAAACCCUUAGACAGAUUUGUCUCUAACUUCAGCAAAUAAGCCUCAGAGCUCUCUCUAGUUUUGUAUCUGCAAUUUUGAAGUAAAUCGUGACCGUAGAACUCGCUGCACAAAUACCUGGUCAACACAACUGACUAAUCAUAAACCUAUGGCGAAUACAGUUCGCAAUACAAGAAGACUGAACAACUUUAAUCUGAAUGCAAGCAAGAUGAACGAACGAACAUCUGUUUAUCAACGUUACCGUGUAUUUGUCCUUCUCUUUUCGAAAAAAAUCUCAACAAAGCAGGAUAUAGCAUCUACGAAAAACUCUUACCAGUUUUUAGUGCCAAAGGUACCCGUCUUGAGGAGAAAUAGAGCCACCAACCCCAAUACUUCAACUGAUGCAUUUUCAGCUGCACAGAAAGCCCAAGUAUUAGGUAAUUUAUUCAAGCUUGUAAGAUUUGCCAUCACACUCGCACGGACAGUUUGCCACUGGGAAUAAUGAAAAGAAUAUGACGAGUGUCAAAUUUUCUUCACCUUUAUCCCCAAGCGGCAAAGGCUUCCCGUGCGAAUGUGAUGUCAAGUCUAGAAAGCUUCAAUAAAGUACCAAGUGCAAGGGCUUUCAGUGCAGCUGAAGAAUGGACGGUUAGAAGUACUGGAGUUGAUGACUUUAUUUCUCCUCAAAAAGGAAACCUGCGAUGCUAAAAACUUUUAAGUGUUUUUCGUAGACGCUAUAUUUUCCCCUCUUAAGAUAGGUUUCGAAAAGAGAAGGUCAAAUACAAAUGGAAGUUCUUUAAUCUUGUCCCGCGUUCAGCAUAAAGUUGUUCUUCCUGUAUUGCGAACUGUAUUCGCCAUAGGUUUCUGAUUACUCAGUUUCUUGCAGCUAAACUUUUAGGCAAGAAUAUCGUUGCAGAUAGGAGAUAGUCCGUCGGCAGCUUUCCUCUAUUUGUGCGUCAACUUUCACAAAUGUGUUAGCGUUGUACAUGUAUUUUAAGAUUAAAUUUGACCAGGUAUUCGUGCAGCGAGUUCUACGGUCACGACUGACUUCAAAAUUGCAGAUAUAAAACUAGAGGGCUCUGAGGCUUAUUUGCUGAAGUUAGAGAAAAAUCUGUCUGAGGGUUUCAAAGUUAUAGACAUUUUUUGUAAAAAAUGCUGUUUUUAAUAUAAACGCAUGCCUAUAUCUCAAAGGUUUUUAUACCUACAAGAAAAUAAAUAACAGUUUCUUAAAGUUUAAACUUCUUAAAGUAAAAUUCAAAAACCUGGCAGAACUGAGCUGCCAACAGAAAUAAAUGCGGUCAGGCAGAGGCCAGAAAAGAAAGCCUGCCCAAAAAUCCACGAAGGGAAAAAGUGCAGGCGGGAAAUCCGGAAAGGAACCAGGCCUCAAGCUCAAAGACGUUUCCACGGGACUUUACAAGUUAAUCGAAAAAGGCUGCUCCUAAAAUAAACAAAAAAAUUAAGAAAACCAAAGAAAGGUUGUUUCAGAAGCCGAGAUGACGUACACGCGAUAUUUAUACUUAGCCUUUUCUACUCCCGGUAUGGACAAGACAAGACAAGACAAGAACUUUAUUUAUACCACACAGAAAAAAAGACAAUACUACUUAUGUAGGUACAAGCGUCCUUUAGCUAAACAGCUGAUCUAGCUAGGAGGCAUUAUAGAUUAACUAAGAAUAUUUAAGAGGUUCUUUCAUGGAGGCACAACUAGACAGCAAUGUAAAACAAACAAACAAACAAAUAAGCAGAGAAAAGAAAAUUAAAAAACGCACAUGUGCAGAAUUGAAUCGCUGAAAAAUUGAGGAACUGGAGAAAAUAUUGGAAAAAAAAAAGAACUUAAUAUGAACUAACUAUAGCACCUGGCCUAACACCCAGGUUCUGUGGUAUUUCGUGCCGUCAAAAUAGUUAUUUCUUAUUCUUAGCGGAAUCAUUCGUCAUAAAUAACAUACCUUGCCAUAUUUAAAACUUAAAAUAAUCAUUUGCCACUGAUUUUAUCUGCCAUUUUACCAUUGUUAUAAGUGCCAUCAAUUGAAUUAGUGUUCCUUGCAAUUGCCUUAUUUUAAAAAAAACUGAUUUAUUCAUUUGUGGACUACCAGUCUCGAAAGCAUUGCAUUGCUAUCUCUAAAUCAAUAGAUAUAACUGAUAGAACUGAUUCGGUUUGAUAAUUCAGCAUUAAAACUUGAUUUCCAGACAUAAACGAGUGUAACACAGGAAAAGACAACUGUGACGUCACUAGUUCAGUGUGCUAUAACACUAUAGGAUCCUUCGGAUGUGCUUGCAAGGAAGGUUAUUCUGAAAAUGGAGAAGAUAAAUGUACAGGUAACACUUUCAAAUCCCUUAAUUGAAACACUCAGAUAUCUCGUAGCCACGUCUCUUUCAAAUCAAUUUUCUCUGUUCGCCAAAGUGGUUUUUCACAAAAUUCGCCUUGAUUUAAGUCUCGUUACUUUCCAUAAUACCUUUUACUAGGACUGAUCGCAGAACAUUUUAAAGUUCCUUUAAUAAGUCAGGUAUAUCGUAAUUCUAAUGGGCCAUUUUCGAGUUGACUCGACCUUCUGUCUUAAAACGAGGCGGAGUGCGAAGCCUUUUGAUAUGAAAAUUAAUUUCAAAGGAGAAAGGUUUGAGGAUUGACCUCGUUUUGAAAUGAAAAUUGAUCGCAUGAAAUGGCUAUUAUGGUAGGCCACAAUAAUUGCUUUGAAAGAAAAAGGAAAUCAGUUCUAAUCAUUCAGUGCCUGACUUCUUUUUUGCAGAUAUAAAUGAAUGUGAAACAGGAAAGCACAACUGUCAUGCAAACGCUAAUUGCAAAAACACUACAGGAUCCUUUGAGUGCACCUGCAAGCUAGGGUAUUCUGGGGAUGGAGUUAACUGCACAGGUGAAAACAGUACCUCGGUCUUCCUUAUAAUGAAUCUUUUUCUAAUUAACUCCAUUUAUCUCGCAUUAGAGCCAAGUUCAGCCACAAGGUAGUUUGUUUUUUCAAGCUGAAUAAGUAUGGAAAGGCUCUUGCAUUAUAAAAGUUUGUGAUUUGCAGUAUCUGGAUGCAAUUUUAGCCUUAUACAUCCUUGAGAUAUUUAAGUUUUUUAUGUAUUAUUAUAUUGUGCCCAUGCACGAUUGUCAUGUCCGAACACGCAUUCACGCUGGGUGAGCUUAUUACAUUUAAUUAUAUCAGACCAAUGUACACAAUUCCGUCUUUAGAGUAUGAGUGGAAACGUGUCCUUUUUAUCCCUCCUUCUGUUGGCAAUUUUUCUUUAGAGAGGAAGUCAUUCUGUAUUCUCUAAUAUCUUGCUUCCUUAGGUCUCGGGAAUCCUCUGUCUAUACACUUGAUGUCAUUUCUGAAUUUCCCACCUGUUCAAUAUAUAGCAAAAAUUUUUUUGCUUUUCAGUAUAGCCAGAAAUCUCUCGCUCCCUCUCUCUUCUGAUCGUACCCAAUCCUAAAAAAUAAAAGGUUAACUAAAUCAGUUUUGAUGAUUUAGUCCUGCAUCUGAUUUGCAGAGGUAAACGAGUGUCUAACAGGAGAACACAACUGUGACGCUAAUGCAGACUGCAAUAACACUGAAGGAUCUUUCGAGUGCACUUGUAAGCCAGGGUAUUCGGGGAACGGAGUUAACUGCACAGGUGAUUUUAUUUCAGUAAAGACCUGGAUCGUCGUAAUGUUAAGGCUAUAAAUUCAGUAUUAUUUUGUCUCGAGUUCACGCGUAAGAGUCCCUGAGUAGAAUCCAAAAGAGACGUCUCUCUUAUACAGUAGGAACAAUAGGCUUGCCUAGAAUUGCCCGGUCUCUUUUAACCCUGAUGAUUGGCUCAUGCAGAAGUUAUUAUGCGUUCAAAAUGAAAGCGCCCAGUUGCUGAACAAGCUAUCGUUACAGAGAGUUACUGAAAAAUCUUUAAUCAUUUCUUUACAUUAUCAUGACUAAACAAAGGAUAUAAACAAAACUCAAGCACAAAAUUCAGGUAUUCUAUCUCGAGGAGACGACUAACUCUCAGUUCUUGGUGAGCUUAUGGUCUUGUCAUUUUCACACGCCUUUAGUCAGUUAAUUAUGCGAGUUAGCAAGCCGACAUUUGCAAACCAAUUGGCUCAGCUCUACAGUAAAAACCCCAAAAGAGAACCUUGACAUAUUAUUAUAAAAACAACAACGAAAAAAAAAACAGUUAAUAACUUAACAAUAGAAAUGUGGAGGUGAAGGAGGAAAGCAAUAGAAAUGUGGUUCAUGGCUUUGCCAAACCUAUAUAAACCCGCAACAUUCUACCUUUUUCUCAGUCUACAUUCUGUUCCUGAGGAGUUGACAUGAGUUGGUUCUGUUCCGUUUGCGAAAAAUCGUUCAGUAGAAAGGAUAGCAUGCAAAGGCACGCGAUGUCUAAACACCGCAAUGCUGGUCUCACCCCAUUUCAAACAGUUCCGAUGUCUUCACAGAAAUGUCAGCGGUUUCGCUUUGAGCAUCCGCCAUGACUGCUGGAAUGAUCAAGUCCGGAAAAGCGGCCUUGGUUCUAUCUCUAUUACAUCAAGCUUAAGAGGUAAUUUACCUUCCCCCAGAGAGGAUCGUUUGGUGUUAUUCACAAUGGCAGCCUGCGUAUAUAGAAAUACUAGUCGCCAUGCCACACAUUGAGUUUAUCACGGGAAUUCCUACGGCUUUGGAGCAGGGUUCCUAUUUUGAUGUGAACAAACAGAAUGUGAUCGUAUUUGAUGAUCAGAUGAUUGACGCUAGUAAAGACAAGCGAAUUGCGAACCUCUUUACCCGUGGUUCUCAUCAUCGGAAUCUCAACGAGAUUUAUAUCGUGCAGAAUUUAUUUCAUCAGGGGAAAGGAAGUCGCAGCAUAAGCCUAAACGGUCAUUAUUUGCUGCUAUUCAAGAAUCCACGAGACAAACUGCAAAACUUGAUUCUGGCCAAGCCGAUGUAAUGUAUCCCGGGCAAACUUAUUUCUUUUUUAAAUCAGUGCGAAGAGGCUGUAAAAAGACCUUUUAAUUUGGUUAUCUGCUCAUUGAUCUAAAAACUACUGCCCAAGAUAAUUGCCCACUGCGAAAAAACCUCCUGCCCAGUGAAGAAGGCUUUAACCAAGCAAGGUACCAAGAAAAUAUUCCUUAGGAGCUUCUAAAACAACAAAAGCAGCAAAAUCUUUCGCCCGUCCCGCUUCUUCCAGCUAUGCAAGAAAUACAGGGCAACAUGGAUGAUGUGCUUUCUGGAAACGAUCUUCGGGACGAUGAAAAAGAUAAGUGAUACUUUCAGCUGCAAAACAGAUAUCUGGCUUUAUCUCUCUUGACUGGUUUUAUUGCUAGCGUUUAUUAGUAGCGUGUUUCAUUUGAUCCUUGUUAAGUUAAUAAUUGUUUUUUUGUGUUUUUAUAAUGACAAGUCAAGGUUCUUCCUUGGGGUUUUUACUGUGGAUCCAUUUUGUAUCCAAAUGUCGGCUUUUUAACUCGCAUAUAAUUAACUGACUAACGGCGCGUGAAAAUAACAAGACCAUAAGCUCACCAAGCGCUGAGACUUGGCGCUUUUGUAAUGGCCAGUCAAAAUUGAAAUAAAGAUUUCUCAGCGCCACUUUCUGUGUGCGUGUGUUUUGUUCAUAUAUCCGAUUUUUAGCGCUUAAAUUAUAAUAGGAAACAUAUUAAGCCGUUUCUCGUGUUGCUAGGUGAUCGCUUCUCUCUUUUAAUAGGCCGUUCCGGCAAACCGGGCCCAAGUUACUUGCCGGGUAAUUCUAGACAAGCCUGUUCCUAUUGUAUAAGAGGAACGCUCAUUAGAUAUGGAGGAAGACACUUAUUAGCAUAGAGGAGCUCACUUUUUCCCUAUAGGUUAAAACGAUGGGUGACGUCAUGUACUCGACCCUUAUGCAUAUCAAUGAUUUACCUCAACCUUAUUCGACACCUACUCGACACCAACGGGGCUUAAUUUCAUCCCUCUAUCACUACUGUGUUAGUAAUGACAAGGGGAAAGAAAGUAAUGUUUGAGGGUAUAACUCUUUUGUAUGGGCGGAUAAUGGGAGAAAGCGGUGAAAGAAGGUAUAAAUAUUUGGGAAUUAUUGAGGCGGAUUUAAUAAACGAAAAGGCGAUGAAAUAAAUUCAAGAGAGUAAAAAAGAAGGCUGAAACUAAAAUGUUGAAAUCAACAUUGAAUGGAAAGAAUAAGGUUAUAGCGAUUCACACCUGCGCUCUGUAAGUGCUUAUCAGGUAUGGAGCAGGUAAGAUGGGCAAAGGAGGAACUGAAAAUAUUGGAUAAAAUGACUAGAAAGGUGUUGACAAUGAAUGGUGCUUUCCAUUCAAAAAGAGAUCUUGAUAGGUUGUAUGUAUCAAGGGAGGGUGGAGGUCGGGCACACUAAUAAGCUGUGAGGGGUGUGUGAGAGGUCGAGAAAAUAGUUUUGUGUGGUAUGUGAAGAAUUCUUGGGACGUUUUACUGCAAGGGGUAAGGGGUAAGGUAUAUUGAAAGUGAGGAAAUUGUCAGUUAAUUUUAUUGAAGACAUCUUGGAACAAUGAGCUGAAACUCGACAGUUGGAAGGAAAAAAAGCUGCAUGGUCAAUUUUAUGAGGAAUACCCGGAACAACACAUGUAAGAAAACUUGGAGUUGGUUAUGAAAAGCAGACUCGAAGAUCCAAACAGAAGCACUUAUUUGUGCAGGCCAGGAACAGGCUCUCAGGACCAACCAUGUAACUGAUACCAUGUUAACUGCAAGACCGUGCGAGUCCCCCUUAUGUAGGUAAUGUGGCGAGAGUGUAAACCAUUGUCUGUGAAUGUAAAAAGUUAGCCCAAAGGGUAUAUAAACAGAGACAUGACAAUAUUGCAAAAGUAGUUCGUUGGAAGUUAUGUGAGAAAUAACAUGUGCAAAAGAAGGACAAGUAGUACGAACACGUGGCUGUCGGUUUAUGUAAAAAAGGUGAAGUUAAACUACUGUAGCAUAAUGAACAUCCAAUUUGAGAGCGCUAUUGUCGAUUUUGCUGUAGCAGGGGAUAAGAGAAUUGUUGAAAAGGAGAAUGAGAAAAAUUCCAAGGAUGUGGAACACGAGAACUGUGUGGGAGAUAAAGAUUGUUGUAGGAUCAUUCGCAAGUGUGACGAAGAACUGGCUGGAAAGUUGGACAUAACAAUUAUUGUUUCAUUACCCCCAAAAAACUACGCCACUAGGAAGGGAAAGGACUUUAAGAAAAGUAUUAGAGGUCUAGAGUAAGGAGUCGAAAUCUAAGGGUCCUUUUUUCAUGGGGUAUGACUCGCUCCCUUAGAAAGUACAAAGGUAUGAGAUAAGCCAGUGCACAAAGCAAGAAAUAAUAAUGAUAACAAUAAUAAUGAUAAUAGUAAUUUGAAUGAUAAUAAUGAUACUUAUAUAGUUAGAUAAGGGAAAUAGGACUGAGUGGAGUCAGGAGAUCACAUAGCUGGAGUCCAGCAACAACAACAUCGAAGAGCUCACGCGGCAUGGCAUGAUUAUUGUACCAUAGGUAUAUAUGACGGACACUGGCCCCGGGCAGUGUCCCAUUACACUGUUAUAAUCAUAAUUAGAACAGCAUUUAGUAGUGGUAAUAGGUCUAGAAAUAGGACUCAGAUUGGAAUCAAUUUCGUCUGUAAUCAUCGGAGUGAUUAGAGAAAACUGUUUCUCAGUAGUCCACUGAUGGGCUACGACUAUUUAGAAAAAAGGCAAACUGAAUAGAAUCCAAUAGUCACGCCUCCUGUUUUUCAGACGCAAACGAAUGUGCAACAGGAAAACACAACUGUAACAGCAGCUCCGUAUGCCAUAACACCAAAGGAUCCUUCCUAUGUAUCUGCAGAGAGCCAGGUUAUUUCUGGAACGGCUUUAAUUGCACAGGUAAAUAUCUUCUGUACAUUCUCGUUACAGAUCAUCGGAAGUUUCGGCAGCAUAUCUGGUUUACGUCUAAAUAAGAAAAAAACCAAAGCAAUGUGGAUUGGCUCCUCAAAACAUAAAAAAAAAAAAAAAAUAUUGGAAUUUCACAGCAUAAAAUACCCCAUUAAAAUACUCGGGGCGCAUUUGUCGUACAACGCAGACAAGAACAACGAUACCAACUUCUUCAGCAAGAUUGGUAAAAUGAAAACUAAACUGAACCUCUGGCAAACGCGUGACCUUACGCUUUUUGGCAAAUCAGUUCUAGCCAAAACGCUUGGUGCCUCUCAGUUAAUCUACACUGCUUCACUAAUGACUGUCCCUGAUGCAGUAACAGGCGCGGCUCAAAGCCCCCUGUUCUCGUUUUUGUGGAAAAAUAAGGAAGAUAAAAUUAAGCGAAAUGUUGUGUGCCAGCCACUUGAAAAUGGUGGCCUUAACUUUAUAAAUUUUGAAAUUAUGGUUAAAUCUUUGCGACUAGCCUGGAUAGCUAGACUGAUUAGCAACUAUGAUGAUAAUUGGAAGGCAAUACCGAAUUUCUAUUUCGACAAAUAUGGCGGCCUGCCCUUCCUUGUUAAGUGCAACUACAAUACUGCAACUCUUGACAACAAUCUACCUUUAUUCUACCGUGAGUUAUUAGAUUAUUUCCAAGAACCAACGAAAUUCUCAGAAUACGAUAAAAACAGUGACCUCAUUCUUUGGAAUAACAGCAGAAUUACAAUAGAAAGGAAUAGUGUCUUCUAGAAACAAUGGUUUGAUCAGGGUGUUACUUUUAUUAGCGAUUUAAUGAACUCAAAUGGUAAAUUUCUAACCUUCGAAGAAUUUCAAAAUAGAUUUAAAAUCAAAGCUAACUAUUUGCACUAUUUUCAAUUAAUUACUGCCAUUCCUCCGGAUUUGAAUCGAAAGGCAUUUGGUUCCACGGUUCCUGAUCUGCUUGGAGCAACUUCAGAGUACUGUCAAUAGAAGAUAGAACAAUAGUCUUAACCAAAUUCCGCUGUAAAAAUUAUUACAGUCUGUCCAUCGAGAAGCUUGUUCCAGAAACCUCUGCAGUAGGGGCUUGGAAAAAAAGCUUUUCAGAACUUCCAAAUUGAAGUGAUUGUUUUUUGAAUACAUACAAGCCCUCGAAAGAUAAUAAGCUUAGACAAUUCACCUUUAAGGUUGUGCACAGAAUAAUCACGACAAAGAAAGAACUACUGAAAUAUAAAUUAGCCUCCGAUGAUAAAUUUCCUUUCUGCCUUAAUCCAGAUUCAAUUGAACACACCUUUUUAUGUUGUCAAGAGUCAAAGGAAUUCUUUUCCAAAACUUUAAGGUGGUUUAAUGAAUAUCACAAAGAGAACGUACAACUUUCAAACAAGCAAAUUUUAUUUAACACGUUCGAUGACUCCCUUCCAAUGCAAAUGCCAAUUUCAACUCAACGCACAGUGAACGCAAACUUCGUCUAUUGGUUUUACUACAAAAGAAAUACCUUUAUACUUGCAAGAACAUUGUAACGAAACCUAAUUUAGACGAAUUUUUACGUAAGCUUUUUGAGCAAUAUCGCAUUGAAGAUUGUGGCAAACAAUAUUAAAUAUGUGUGGCAACUGACAGUUUUUUUUUCCAAUACUUUUUAUUUUUAUUGUAAUUUGUUUUGUUACUUACUGACAUAUUUAUUUACUUCUUGAUUCUUUUACUUUCUGCUAUGUAUUAUUGUUGUUAAUUUGUUGUCAAAAAAAGAAAUCUUCUGUACAUUGAGGUUGCAGAUUCCUCUGAUAAAAAAGGCCGCUGUGUUAUCAGGGUCUGUCAUAUGAUGAAAUCAUUGUCAUUAUCGUCAUCGUCGGUAUCGCGGAUAUUUUCCCUUUUUCCUUGAUAGCUAUUUUGAAGAAAAAAAUCAAACUAGAAAGGUUUGUGGAAUUCCUUAGGUUUCAAUUUUAUAAGAAUAUGAGGUUUCGACAUGAUCUUUAAGGUCAAGUAAUACAGGCAACAUUUUCGCUUAACAUUGUUGCAUUCCAAGUUGAAAAGCGUCAUUUUCCGUCUACAAAUUAACGUUGCAGCCUUUGAAAUUAAACUGCCUAGCAUUUUGGACCAUGACUGUUUGUAUGUUUGAUUUUGUGUUUAAAUGAGUAUUAUUUUUAUCAGUAGCUUUUAAUGCUGGUCUCAUUUCGGUGGCUGAACACCAACGUCAUAUGCCUUCAACUUAGAGCUUGCCGGUACAAUCGAUUCACGUGAAUAGUGUAAGUAAAAAAGCACCCCAUGUCUCCCCCCGCCCCAAUGAAGCUUUGUGUCUCAGGGUCAACGGGGAAGAAGCUGACGUUGGGACCAAUAAUGGUUUUUAGUCAGUCCUUCUUGUACCAUUUUUAAAGACACCAGGUAGCUACAGCAGCGAUAAAACCUGUAAAACACAAGAAACCACUUCUUUUUGCAAUCUUUAAGGUCUUUACGUUACUCUCCUCUCAUUUUUAGCGUUCAUGGACUCAAACAUAUUGAAAACAAAUUCUUCUUAUUUGUACCAUCUGGGAAAAUUUCUGCAGCCUGUAGUUGGGUACAAUUCUCACUGGCUACUGUGCUGGCGGGCUACAUGGCACGGCUGGGAUGUCGAUAAACAGUUUCAUAGACGCUGCGACGGAAAAAGAGACACAGUUACCAUAAUAAAAAAGGGUAAAUACGUUUUUGGAGGUUACACGGACAUUCCUUGGGGUAAGAAAAUUGCUUGCUCAGUUUAAAAGCAAAUAGCAAUAAAACGUUAAGUUGAGCCAGACCAGUCUUCUUAACUAUUUUUACUGCUGUAAGAACUAGGGAGGCUGGUUGUUACGUAUCAGCGAUUCUGUAAAAUUGCGGACAUGUUGAAUAUCUAUCCUCCUGGUUCCUGGCGAGAAAAUACAUGGACCAUGAUAGUAUUGACUCAAAGUUUACUAGUCUGCUACACAGGCCGCUAAACUGUGACAUCCACGGGCAUUUUUGUGUGAUUUUUAGUAACAUAGCUAUUCUUACUAACUCGAGUACGCUGAUUUCGAAAAUUACCGUUGCCAAUCUCAAGCUUUUGUUAAGGUGGAGUUUUGGGGCAUUUCAUUAUGACAUCACUGUCCAAAUAAGAAGUUUUCUUUCCUUCCCUAAUUAUAAAAUUUAAUAGAUCCAGAAAUGGUUUCAAUUUUAAAGACCAUUUAGAGAAUUUAUGAAACGCUGUUUCUGAGAAUUUCGAGGCGUCACAUGACAAUUGAGCACACCCUUUGAUGUAAAAUUCACACAAUUAUGGCUGUUAGAUGUGAUAUUUAUCGUGAUAAUUUUAUAAUUGAGAAAAUUAAAAAGUAUAUUAAAAUAAGCCAUUAUUUGAUUGCACGAGCUCUUGGCAAUUGUAAAACCUUCCCAUUCCUGCGCUUUUCCUCUCACUAAAUAAGUUACAAGACCAAGACAACUUCGAAAUUCAAGUAGGUUCUAAUUGUAGGAUAGCCUGACUGCUUUAUAACAUGUAGGUGCAUGGAGACAUCUAAAAAGAAAAGGAGCUGCAGCGAUUCUAUCAGUACAGACACUGAGGAGUGGCUUUCCACAUGGACCGACAAGAGAUGCGCAAAGCUGCUAGAAGCGCAAAGGCGCGGAAAACUGUUUGUGAUGAACAAAAUAAAGAGGCAAGCAAUAAAAAGAGGAAUCGUAAGAGAUGUAACCACUCCUGAUGAAACUAUUUCUGAUUCAUGCUGUCUACAAUCGCUCAGAAAUUUGUUAUCGUGACCUCAUAAACAAAGUGAAAAUUGAGCUUUUGAAGGAAAAGCUAUUAAAUAAUCCCCCCAAACGCAGAGAAAAGUAUUUGUUUCAACAACGAGGCGGCCUCCACUUCAUUAAAACAGCAAAUGGCACGCAGUACUAGGAGAAGUGUCGCACCUGUACAAUGGAGUCCUUCUGUACUUUGCCAAAAAUCAAAACCCCGAGAGUCGCUCAUAUCAGUUACAUUAUUCAACGUAAGCAAUUCAAUUCCAGCAAUUGAAUUAUCUUAUAUGAAUGUUUUAAUAGCCUGAAUUUCAAACGAUUAUUCGAGUCGUUUUUACUCCCUCAGUAACGUCUGAAUCGACCGAAUCUGACAUCACUACUUUUUUUGCUUUAAUUUAUGCAAAAAGUAAAACACGAUUUUCAACUGGCAAACAAAGAAAUAUCGUCUGGAAAUGUCUACAUGAUACAGAAUUGCUUUACUCUUUUUGCUCUUAAUUCAAACUGUCAACUGAAUGCGGUGCUCUAAACGAAUCUGUUGUAAGUUUAAUUCAAUACUCAAACUCGAUCGCAAACACGCAGAUGAAAUAAGCUUAAUUACACAAAAGGAACACUUCAAAAAUACAAAAAUUUGCUUUAAUUUAAAAGAAGCUAUUUGGUCCUUAACAAAGAAGAAAAAAAAAACAAGAAAGAAAAGUUAGACAGAAUCAUUUGAAUCAGUUGACGGUGGAAAUGACAAGACUUAAAUCCCAGAAAACUUCGCACAAGACAAAGUCACUGCCGAAACCUCAAAGUGGCUCUAAAAGGAAAACCUACCGACUCUCUGCAAUGAUUCUUCAUUCGUAGUUUAACAUAACAGUUCAUAGUUUCGAAGACAAGUUAAGGCCAAUUUUGCUGUUUACGAUAAAGAUCCUCAAAUUUUUUCAACUCCACCCAAGCAUGUCAGGCAAGCGAUCCGGCAAUCCCUCUAAAAUUUCUCAUAAUUAUACAUAAUUAUGCGAAUGUUUGGACACGAAUCAACCAAUCAAACACUACGCGAUUUUCGGGUAGUGAUGUCACUGGUCGGCAUUAGGGGCCGGUCGAUUUAGACGUUGCUGAGAGAGUAAAAAGGACUCGAAGUAAUCGCAUGAAAUUCAGGCUAAUCUGGAUAAUUCAAUAAAAAUUCCGCCUUGCUGAGGUCAGCGAUCUCAUUGCUGCAUAAGGGAAGGAAUCUCAAGAAGUGUCUGAGUGCUUAGUACCAGACUGGCAAAAAGAAAGAGGAAUGUCAAAUUAAGGCAUCGUUAUGAUUUUAUCUUCUUUGAGCUUGGCCACUAUACUGCAGAGCGUAACCAAAUACUCCAGCUAUCUGACGUAUGGCCGGGAUAUAAUAAUCUAGCCCAAAAAACCAAUACAAAAAUACCGCAGUCAUUUAUCAACAGGAAGGCAUCAUGAGAAAAGUUGGAGACUUGUUCGAAUUCGCCAGCAUUCAUACGGAAAAUUUUUACAGAGACAACCACUAUUUGCUUCAGGCAAUUAUUGUCAUGAGAUCAUUUCAGAGAGUGUCUACCAGAGUAAUGACACUGAUAAUGAUGCCUCACUGUGAGCGACAAGAAGAUAGUGAUAGUGACGGCAACGACCAAAGCCAUCACACUAGUGUCUUGAGCAUCAUACACGGUAUUAUGUACGCUCCUAGUGAUGGAGUCAAGUGGAUGCCGAAACACAUCGCCCUAGGUAGUAUCCUUCAUCGAGCGACACGUUCAACGCUGUUAGUAGAUCUAUUGCACAAGGCGGUCCAUAUACAGAUACGACAGGCAAAUCCGCAAGGUGGACACCUCACUAGCGCAAGGCACAGACUCUGAUCUUGAAUGAGAUAAACGGCACCGUUGUCCUAACUGAUCUAAACGCCGACAACUUCAUGCAGUUCACAGCUGAUAACAUUGACAUCAACGAUUCUUUACGAGACGGAAAGGACACUUUCCUCAAAACACAGGUAACCGGUUAGCAAAGAGGCCCAGAUAAAACAAAGCAUUUAGCAAGCUUGAGGCCUGCUGAAAGAACUGCCCUUGUAAUUCCUGAGGCAAAAGUGUCCCGGUAUUUACAGAACCUAUUGAACAGAAGUGGUAUACGGUUUUUAUACUUUUGUUUGGCGUCAGGCAUACGUUCCCGAAACCAGUGCUUCCGAACCGAAAGGAGACAGGCUGGGGGCAAGCUGAAGAUCUACUGGUCCCUGCCUUUAUGACCCUCAAUUCAAACUCGGAGGCUUCGUUGGCUUGGUUUCAUUUUGAUGCACCACUGGCUGCGCAACUCUUCUCGGUAAAUGCGGAAGGUCACAUUUCGUGUGUACUGGGCAAUGUGGAUGCACUAAGGUCGACGCUAACUGCUGCGUCAAACAUUGUUAUAACUCUUUAACGCUUAUAAAAAAAAAAUAAUGUAUAGAUUUAGCCAGGGCUAAAAUCGAAGCUCCAAUUUUAAUAAAUUUUUAAUUUAAAUCAAACCAUAAACUUUUAAUCCACAAAUCAGUUAACUUAAGGGCACAUUCAUGUGACUUUUGAGAGAAAGGCUAAGUUAUUUUAGAGUGAAACAUCUUAAAUCGAAUUGAUAACCUUAUAUGUACACCCAAAAAAUAGCAAACAUCUACGAUCACAUUCAAGGUCACAGUAGAUUAGGCCUCGAAAACAAAUUCUUGCAAAACAAAUCACGGCAAAUUUUUUUGCUUUCGACAGGUUUACUUUACAAAUUCUUGCCAACAAAUCUGGGGGUGUUUAAACCAACCUUUUAUAAUUUUUAUACAUCACAUUUGAGGUGAAACAGUACUAUUUAUCAUACAGACCUCGGACAGAAUGCGGUAUUUCACAAUUUUUCAAGACAAAUUGCACUCAGUCAAUAUUCAGGACGAUCAAUCGUGGGCUUUAAGCCAAACCGUUCAAAAAUUUCCAAAAUCACCCAUACGGCCAGCUGGUUCUCUUUUCUAUAGUGCGAGCUGUCAGUGUGGUCGAGUGUUUGAAUGAACUUUAACAGAUCAGAGUUACCCUUCAACAUAAUAGCGAAUUUAUUAUUAUUUGUUUUGUCAUUUAAUGGUCUCAGUUAUAACGAUGUGCAAUCUUAUAAAGCGUUUGAUACGCGCGACAUAUUUGAGUACUCCUGCAAGCGAUGGUCAUGAACGAUGAAAACAAACGGCACGGACAGGCGAUUAAAAUUGCAAGCUAAGAGAGACUACUAACAAUCAAAAAAAGAGAUAUAAUUCCGUGAAACAUUUACAGAGACAACAAUUUUCAUUCACGAAGACAAGUAUCAAAAUGUCUCUAAAAUCCUGCAGGGGCACCCAACGAGGAUAUAGUUCAAAACCACUUAACAUAGCAUUGUUGAACGUUUUUUGCUGAUUCAAACGGUAGAUAUAGGCAUAUUUUUAUCCUCUAAAAACUUUUCAUCUGUUCGGAUUUCCUAGCUGAAAGUCUAAUGACCCGAAAAUUAUAGGGAUCAAAACUUACCUUAUCGAAAAUUUCAGCCAGGAAAAGGCUCCCAAAAAUUCUAGGUGGCCUUUUUUAGGGUCAAAACCCGUCAAAAAUGGGUAAUUAUACCAUUUUGUAAGAUGUUCGAAAAUCCUAGGAGAGGCAGGCAAGCAAGAAAUUUUACAACAAAUGCUCCGAAAAUUCUAGAUCUCAAAACGUCUUCCGAACAGAUAUUUUCGCGAAAAUUGCCGUUGGGUGCCCCUGAUCCUGAGUCUUUAAGCGUAAAGCUUAAGCCUGCUUCCGGGCGCGGUGUUUACUGUUUUCGAAGGUGAACUCCUCGAAGCAAGAAAAUCGCUCAAAGUUUUCUUUCUACAGCCAAAUGUAUAACUAAAUAUUCUUCGGAACGUUUUCUUUCUAUUUGUGGUGAGCAAAUAUAUCUGAAGGCUUUUAAAGUUCUGUACUGAUACUAGGUCAGAUCAUUGACUCAAAUCCUACAAACGUGCAUAAACUUGCCGCAUAAACUGUCAGCGUGAACUGUGCAAGACUUCAUGAAAUUAGAUAUAACAAAAACAAACAUCAAAUACAACAAUUUCUUAGGCUUACCAUUCGACAUUCAGUUCCUGAAAGCUAUCAAGGAAGGCCACAGUUGCUUGAGCCUUUGAAACCCUCUUACGCAUUAAGCAAAAUGAUGCCAUCCGAAAUCGAAUUACCGAAUUUUGACAAGCGACGCAUUUCUUAACCAAAAACCCAGUAAACAAACCAGCCAUGAAUAAAAGAAGACUCUUGAUAGCAGCUGUAUUUCAUUUUGUACAUCCAGAGGAAAAAGACAGUUGACACAAAACUCUGUCAGCUUCAGCUGUCAAAGUAAACAACUUUCAAGAUGCUGCAUAAUUUUUCCGCAUGACCUCACCUGUCAAAUUUUGACCAAUCAGAGUAUAAAAAUUGGAUGUUACUAAAACGGGGAACGGGGAGCGGGGAGCGGGGAACGGGGAACGGAAGUCUGGGAACGAGUUGUCAGCGGAAACCUCCAUAAAAAUCCAAUAUGGCCGAUGAUCGAUAAUAGAGAACCGUCGACACAAACUUAACCGAUAACGGCGUUACUUUACUUGAACUAUAUGCUCAUGAGGUGCUUGAAAUAAUACGGAGGUAAUAACUUCAUGACGUUUUUCACCUUUUUGCGUUUUACUAAACAAUUAUCCGUAGGAAACAAAAUGUGCUCCAACAGCAGUUGAAAAAAGCCAAUCGGGACAAAAACUCUCAAAGCACAUGUACAGCCAUAUUUGGAACUCAAGCGAAUCUAUACUGAGUCUAGCCCACAAAGCAAUUAACUACUUUUCCAUGAUAGAUAACAUACAUCGAAGUAGUCAAGUAGCUUGUGUGCAAACUUCUUCUAUUUCCUUUGAUAAAUAAUAUCAUUUUAUUAUUUUGUGAAACAAUUUGUUUCAGGUCAGUUUGCCCAGUAUAGACAAGUAUAAUGACCCUAAUGGAACCUAAUUCACUCAUUUUCCUCGCCCUAAUCAGUAACUGCUUCAAAAGUCGUACAGUGGCCAUUUGUCUUUCUGCGAAAUACCCCUGACGACCCUUUCCUGAAUCAAAACCAUUGGAUGGCAUUGAAUGCAACAUUCUCACACACUGCAGAUCCUCAAUUAACCCCCGCCCCCUAAGAAUGAGAUCCCAAACCCCUCCCUUUUGAAGAAAAAUGUCGUAAAAUAAUCAAAGUACCUCUUCAUGGGCACGAAACGUUUGGUGCAAUUCAUACCAUACAAUAUCGCUGUAUCAAGUACUGUUCUCGGUGCAGGAGGAGGGGGUACUAUAAUGGCCUAAACAGAGCCUGAAGCCUUUUUCAGGCUUCAGGUACAUGAAAGGGAAGGGGUUUUAUAGUUGAAGUAUAUAUGAAAGGGACCAAAAUGAGAUCAGUCACAGAUGCAUUUUAUGGAUGUGAGAGACAAGAAAACCUGUUUUUGUAAAGAUGGUGUAUUUACAGCAGUUAAAAAGGGAUGCAGCGUUCAAAAUUAGGUAUGUGAAAGGGGUACCAUUUGUCACAAGAGGGUAUACAAAAGGGUACCUUUUCUGUCUAAAAUGGUACAUACAAAGGGUAAAGGGUUGGUCCCUGGGGCAGAGCCUCUUUGGUGAGUACUCAUAUUACCAUUGGUGAGUAUUCAUAUUACCGUACCCCCAAACAAAGGGAAGCAAAAUUUAAACCUAGGUUAUAAUUAAAUAAAACCACAGCAUAGCCAUUUGCUUUGAAACAAAAAACCAAGGGAUGAAUUUUCGAUCUACGAGGUCAGUUUGAAAUCAUAAAUCCCAAAUAUAGCUGUGCUUUAAUAGUGCUGUUGGAGGGGCCAUGAAAAAGUGACAUAAACACAACAUAGUUGAUAUGAAUCCUUGGAAAAAAUAAACUUGAGCCUGCGAUCAUGUGAAACUGGUAAUUUGUCAGCGGAUAACUUCAAAAAAUACUCGACCUCGAUGGGUCGACACUUGAGCCCGCAGUACGGUCAGGUGAUACUGGUCAGCGGAUGCCCUGUUUUGAUAGCUGUCAAUUGAUCACAACAUUGAUGUGCAAUUAGUUUUCUCUUGGGCUCCCAAACUAGCUAAAAGUGUGAGAGUAAACACUGGUUUUCCUGUGGUGCGGACGGACGGUCGGCGGGCGGUCGGUCGGUGUACGGUCACGUGAUUACCAAAUUUUCUGGAAUGGGUAGAUUUACUUAGCUAUGGGGCUCCGCCCACGGACGCGCUUGGCGCGCGCGUGGAGCUCCGCUAUUAGCUCAAUAUUUUUAAAGAGAUUAAAAGAUUUUAUGGACUAAGAAAGAACAAUGUUCUGUCAUGUUUGAUUUGACAAUUUCAAGUAAUUUCAACCUAUAGUUGUAAGCCACCACCAAGAGGCCGAGAAAGACAAAGUGAAUUGUGAAAUUACUAAGAUUCAACAUUGCACAAGAAAAACAAAAAGUUGUAUAUGUAUUCCUAAGUACAUUACAAAAAAAAAUAAUGUGACAAAUAUAUAAGUGAUAAGGUGAUUUUUCUAUAAGAGGGCGUGGUCAAGUGUCACGAGAUGGCUGUAUGUUAAUACAGUCGACUCCCGUAAUUCGAACCCUCGCUAACUCGAACCUCGCGCUAACUGGAACCAAAAUCGAUUUCCCUGGAUUUCCGUCAUACAUUCACUGUAAUUUUACCCUCGGUAACUCGAACCCUCGAUAACUCAAACUCCCGCUAACUCGGACCAAUUUUCGUUCCCCUCAGGUUAUUUUCUAUAUAAUUUUACCCUCGAUAACUCGAACCAUGUUUUGAGCCCUUAAAAAGUCGGGAAAAACGCCGUCUACGGGCGUCCGAAACAUUGAAUUUUGGAUUUCCUAUUGACGUGUUGUAGGAGGAUAGUUUACUAGUGGACUGAUGUUGAUUGUCACAGGCUAACGUGAAGCAGCUUUUCUCCUCAAAACAGUCAGAAAACGCAUGCUCUUUUUAGGCGAUGUUUUGUUACGUUACGUUCUGAUUUAUAAUCUAGAAGUACCUUUUAAUUUUCACUUGCCAUUUCUACAAUUAAAUGUGAUUAAACUGUUCACUGUGCAGUAAAAACUGUUUUUUACCUUACUCUCGGCUAUUUUCUUCGAAUUCCCGGUAACUCGAACUCCCGUUAACUCGAACCUUUUUUCGAUUUCCCUUGAAGGUUCGAGUUAUCGGGAGUUGACUGUAUAAGCAGCGUAAAAACAGUCAAAAAUUCUUAGAAAGGUAAUUUUUAAAACACUAAUAACGCUCUUUUCAAAUUGGAAUUGUUUAAGGAAAGAAACCCUUCCCCCCCGCCUCCUUCCCCCAUUUGGACAAUGACGUCAUAUUGAAAAUCCCCAAACUCCACCUUAGCACAAGAUCUGGGUUUGGCAACAAUGAUUUUCAAAAUCAGCGUACUCAAGCUAGUACGAAUACCUAUGUCGCCAAAAAUCAGACAAAAAUGCCUGUGGGCGUCACAUUUUAGUUUCCUGUGUACCCGACUAUACCCGUGCAAAAAAGUGUAAACUACCGUAUUAUCAAUAACAUGAUAACACAGCAAUUUUUGCGGUGAAAUCCUUUAUAUUUACCUGACGGGAUACCCGUCGAAUGGAAAGUUAGUAAUCAAAUGUUUUCUGUCAUGAACGAUAUUAGACAUGUCAUCUUUACCCGCAGCCUUCUUCAGCAUCAGUAGGCCAUGUCUGAUUACAGAGUUAUUAAUACUUUCAUUUAAGUCCAAUUCUUAUUUCUUAAGUGGCACUUACUAAGGUAACAUGCAUGUAGAUUUAGCGAGGGCCAAAAACGAAGCUCUCCUUUGAUCUUUCAAGUAAUGCCUUUGAAGAAAGCUGUAAACCUGAGGCUUCGAUAUGGACUGUUGUUAGCGGAUACCCUAUUUUGACAAGUGGAUGUCUAAUAUCAAGUUAAUCACAAAUCGAAUAUACCUUGGAUUAACGCUAGUGAGUGUGACAUUUUACAUGCGCUAAUAUGAAAGGGCGGUCCUAAGGACGGAAGUUUUGUCACAAUUAAAAUUUCUUGAAUGCAUAGAUAACCAAAUUUUAUUAUCCAUAGUGCCCGGCUGCGGGUGUUUCGCGAGCACGAGAGCCCCGCCGUUAUACCUAAUGUUUGCCUACAAUCCUCGCCACAUUACGAUGGGACACCCCCCUGCUGUACCCAUUUCCUGACAAAAAAAAUGUGCUCCUUCCCUCCCAGUGUUGUUUUUUUCUUGCUUCUGUCAUUCCAACGCGUAAAAUCCAACAUUAAGGGGGUAGAAAAUACCACUCCUGUCCCAGCUAUUGUGACGAGUGUUGUUGGUAUGUCAAUUCUUGUACCUUGUUAAACGAUCAAGUCAAACACGUCGACAUCAUGUGUUCUUAUUUUCAUGGGAUUAUUACGGGAUGAAAAGAAAUGCUUUAUUAUUUUGUUAUUAUUUUAUUUAUUUAUUUCUACGGCUAAAAUUUAUAACUUCGAGGAAUCCAUCUCCAUUGGCUAUUGUGUCUAGUUACAUAUUUUGCUUUUGUUGUUUACACUUUUAGUUUUUUCGAUCAAGUCAGUGUGUGUGAAGUUCUAGGUGGGGUACCCCCAUAAGUUUCGGAUAGGUGUUUGUCUCCGAGGGCCUGAAGUACUGACCGUAUUUGAGGAUGAAACAAACGAAAACUGAUACCUUAUUUAAGGCGCAAACCUACAAAAUGAGACCCAAUUCAAGGCAAAAAAGACAAACUAAGAAUUUAAAGGCAACACAUACCCUGCGUGAUCAGAAGGCCUUUUCGUAAAUUAAUUGUCAGUCACACGCGGAGAAAAGAGCGGAUGUAAACAAACGCCGAAGAAGUCUUCAUUAAGUCGCUUUAAUGAUACUAAAUAUGGGAGUACCCCACUCCCCCUCCCCCCAACCCUCCAAUGAGUCAAGUUGAAGUUUAGUAAAUUGAAUCUAGUUUAAUACCUACUGCAGCUGUAAUCAUUUCUACACAAAACAGGUAUCAAACUCGUUAUGAUCCCGGAAUCGGUUUAAUGAGGCCCUGAAGGGGAGGGGGUUCUUAUCCUUAUCCUUGUAAAUCUAAGAGGAGAUAUCCCUUAUCCCUAAACGUUGUAAGAACGUUAUUUCUAAAAGACAGGGAACACGCAGUGGGAAGUGCUGGGAGAAAAACUUGUCGCUUUCCCCGCACCUUUUGUGGGAAAGAAAAAAAAUAUUUGCCACAAAUUUUUUUAGUUACAUUCAUGUUAAAAAUAAAGAAGGUAUAACUGUAGCUGAAAAGUAUGGGGCCCCAAAAUAUUAUGGGGCGCCAAAUGGAUUUUUAUUAUUUAGAGUGGUUAUUUGUAUAUAACCAAAACAAGGGUGGUUAUUUACAAAUAACCACAUCACAGUUUUAUUAUUUCUAAAUAACCAAAAUAUAAAUUUGGUUAUUUAGCAAAUAACCAAAAAUGAAAAAGUGGUUAUUUCUAAAUAACCAAAUGCGAGAUUGGUUAUUUAUUAAAUAACCAAAAUGCGAGAUUGGUUAUUUAUCAAAUAACCAAAUGCGAGAUUGGUUAUUUAUUAAAUAACCAAAAUGCGAGAUUAGUUAUUUAUCAAAUAACCAAAAUGCGAGAUUGGUUAUUUAUUAAAUAACUAAAAUGCGAAAUAAAUAACCAAAAUGCAGGCAAAAUGGAAAAUUGGUUAUUUAUAGACAAACUGGACAAUUGGUUCAAAAUAAAUAAACAAACAUGGACAAUUAAAAAUCCAAAACUGUGCAAAAAUGGUUAUUUAAUACAGAAAUGGUUAUUUACCUAAUUUGGUCUUAGCAAGUGGCCACGUGGCCCAUUUUCCCGCUCAUUUCCAUAACAACUUGCAGACUGCUAUUUCCAACAUGGCUUCUUCCACUUCCUUCACUUUCCUCUUUUCUCUUUCAUUUACCUUCUUCCACCCUUAUUUUCCUUCAUUUACUUUUAUUUUCCUCCGUACAUCUUCAUUCGCUUUCAUUAAUCUUCAUUUACGUUCCCUUUUUUUAAUUCACCUUCAUUCUAAUUCAUUUACCUUCAUUCACACCCAUCCUUCGUCAUUAAUUUUCAUCCACCUACACAGGCCUUCAUUUACCUUUGCCUUCUUUCACCUUCAUCUACCGUCAUCUUCCUCCAUUAGCCUUCAUCUACCCCCAGUAGCCUUUAUCCACCUGCAUUCAUUAGCCUUCCUUUACCUUCAUACGCCUACAUCUACCACCAUUAGUCUUCAUUUACCGUCAUCUACUUCAGUUGGUUUUCAUGAUAGUCCAGAGAUUAUCCAACGAAUUGUUGGGCCGUCACAAUAUUCAUUUCUGAUUAAUUUGUUCCCUUGUCCUUUAGUCUUCAGACAUUACACACAUUCAAAAAAAAUUUUGCAUUUCCGUGAAACGUAUCGUAUUUUACAUUGUUUUGUUAUGAAACAGGGUCUUAACGAGGUAUAUAUUUUAUCCACUGAUCUCACAUUUUGGCGAUAAAAUUUUUGAUACCUGAUCCAAAAUUGUUGCAAAUAAUCCUGAUCCCUGAUCCCGCGAAAAUCGUUUGAUCCCUAGGUUCAAUUCUGUACUUCGUACUGAAAACUGAAUGAAAUACCAAAUAAAGUGUCUCUCUUUUCGAUUUCUUGUACAAUUUUAUUGGUCACAUCAUUUGCUGACUGGAGAAUUAAGGUUGGCUCCCCUCUGUUCUUUCGAGUUAUCAUAAUUUCUAUUAUAAUCCGUUCCACUUUAGAGCUCCUAUAAUGAUGUAUUUUCUAAUAAACCUUUCGCACGCAAGUGGGAAGGAAAGUUGUAGCGCCGAAGACGACCCAACCUUGUGGAUCUGGGGGCUUGCUCCUCCAGAAAAUUUUUAAAUUUAGGGUCUCCGAACUCCUAUUCCAGCGUUUUCCUCGGGACAUUAUCAGUAAAUUAAUACGCAGGAAAAUGCUACUUUCCUGCUCCUGAGAUCUCUUUGGGCAAAGAUUGGCUUGACCAAUGAUCAAAAGUACCUACAGAAUUCUACAUUAUCAGGAUGAUUAGAGAAUCCUGUCGCAAUAGGCUUUGCAUCAAGGGCAACCAUCUUGGAUGAGCGUCCAAACUACUCAGGGACUAUUUUUCUCGCUUCCCUCCAAACCGCCCCUCGCCCCCUAAGUAGUUUUGACAUUCAUCCAAGAUGGCUGCCCGUAACGCAAAAUGCUCGAUCUCGGCGAUCUUACGGAAAAAUAGGGACUGUGAAGUGUGAACAGUCUGUACUGGCAUGUAUCAGAUUUGGAUCGGUCAGUAGCUAAUUCAAAGCAGCUCGGAGCUAUUUCUGCAUUUAACCGCGCUAUGUUUUUGGAAGAAGCCAUGUGGGAAAUAGCAGUCUGCAAGUCGUUAUGGGAAAUGAGCGGGAAAAUGGACCACGUGGCCACUUGCUAAGACCAAAUUAGGUAAAUAACCAUUUCUGUAUUAAAUAACCAUUUUUGCACAGUUUUGGAUUCUUAAUCGUCCAUGUUUGUUUAUUUACUAAAUAACCAAUUGUCCGGUUUGUCUAUAAAUAACCAAUUUUCCAUUCUGCCUGCAUUUUGGUUAUUUAAUAAAUAACCAAUUUCGCAUUUUGGUUAUUUGAUAAAUAACCAAUCUCUCAUUUUGGUUAUUUAAUAAAUAACCAAUCUCGCAUUUGGUUAUUUAGAAAUAACCACUUUUUCAUUUUUGGUUAUUUGCUAAAUAACCAAAUUUCAGUUUUGGUUAUUUGUAAAUAACCAAUUUUAUAAUUUGGUUAUUUAGAAAUAAUAAAACUGUAAUGUGGUUAUUUGUAAAUAACCACUCUUGUUUUGGUUAUAUACAAAUAACCACUCUAAAUAAUAAAAAUACAUUUAGGCGCCCCUUAAUUCGUGACGUCAAGAUCAGUUCUUAAAAUCAUUUCUUCAGAAUGAAAAGCGUAAGGUCAUUUCCCAGGCUCCUACGUAAGCGAAAGCAGCACCCUCUGCUUAAUGGCCCUAGCCAAGAGCAAAAUGGCCUUAACUGACUGAUAAUGAUAAGCGUAUAUUAUAACGAGCAAAAACAGGAAAACAGGCGUUAAGGGGUAAAAAAAAGAAACAGGAAACUGGAGAAAAAUAAGUGUCGAUCAUAAUUAAUGUAGAACCAUGAUGAACUUUCAUUACUCCCUAAAACAAUUCAAUUAUCCCCAAAAUUAUUUUGUCAAUUAUCCCUUACUGGUUCCCUCAUUCCUAGGGAAAAGGUCUGAAAGGUUAGUUACAUCACAUGUCAGUGCAAUUAAGAAAUGCAUUAUCAUUGACGUUUUCUAUCUCUGUAUAUCUGUCUUAAAAGGCUAUUAUUGUCCAUUUUCAUAAUUAACUGAAAGGAAUAGCAAUACAAUAAACAAAGGGAGGAAAAUAAGGAAAAAAUAGAAAAGUUAAAAAAAUGUGUGAUUCCAUUUCACUCGUGGUUCUUAUUAAAUUUGUUUUGUUUUAGUUUAUAAUAAUUCACUUAAAGUCAAGAAUAAAAAUAAAUAAAUAAAUAAAAUUCAAACUAAGGAAAAUACACUACGGAGUAACUACACCACAGUGUUUACUCAAAAGUUAAUACUUACCUUUUGUUGGUUUGUUAGAGUCCAGUGGUAGCUGGAACUUCACUCGCAAGGCGUUUAUUUUUUCAAUUAGCAAUAAAGAAGAACUGGAUCCCUUUGUCUGUGAGGUGAGGAAGCCAGACAGGGCAAUUUCCAGGGCUCCAUUGUGGGGUCCAUGCUUUGGUAUUGACAUCGGCAUUGUUACAAAUGCCACCAGUAACAACGACUCAUACGCAGGCCUUGGCGAGGACUACCCUGCUCCUGCUGCAGUGCAGGACAAUCAAACAAUCCUGGCCGGGACUUACCGCUUCUCACCUGAUGAGGUGGAGGUAUUUUAUCUUGACCCUACUCAAUAAAUAAAAAGAGAACCAUUUCAUUAUUUAAGGCCAAAAAACAUGCAGCUAGAUUAAUAUACUUACUACCUUCAAAAAAAUUUACCUCCCAAUGUAUAUUUCUCGACAACGUAGAAAAUGUUUCAAUUCUUUCUUUUCUUGAUCUUUAAUUUGUUAAACACGAGACAGGAACAUAGUCCUUGCUUAUUUAUUAGUUUUUUUUACGUGAUCUUAUUUUUAGUCAAGGAAAGUAAAAUUGAUAAUGAUUUUUCGUACUUCCCUUUAAUUCUUUAUCAAUUUUUAGAUUUAAAAAAGGCACAUUUUUCCCAGCCCGAGCCACUUGUCUGGAAACAGCGAAUUUCGAUUGAAAUUAGCGCACUUAAAACCCAAUGAUAACGUGAACCCGCGCUGUUAUAACAAAAGAACUCGCUCGUCAGCUUAGG